AGAAGCAGAGUGACAGGUUCUGUGAUUGGCUGACAGGUGACCAAUAGUGAGCUGACAGGAGGCGGUCAAGCGUGGGGUCGGACCGCUGUUACAGAAUGUUUGGAAAACUUUUAAUUUCGCUGUUUCUCCUCUUCGUUUUCCACCAUUACCCAGCUGACGCUCAGAAGAAAAAAGAGACUCUGCUUUCAGAGAAGGUGACUCAGAUGAUGGAUUGGGCCUCCAAGCGUUCUAUCAUCAGGAUGAAUGGAGAUAAGUUUCGUCGCUUUGUCAAGGCUCCUCCCAGAAACUACUCAGUGGUCAUCAUGUUUACAGCGCUGCAGCCACAGAGACAGUGUGGGGUUUGCAGACAAGCUGAUGAGGAGUUCCAGGUGCUGGCUAACUCCUGGCGUUAUUCCUCUGCCUUUACUAAUAGAGUCUUCUUUGCAUCUGUCGAUUUUGAUGAAGGAUCAGAUGUCUUUCAGAUGCUGAAUAUGAAUUCUGCUCCAACCUUCCUCCACUUCCCAUCCAAAGGGAAACCUCGCAGAUCUGAUACCUAUGAGCUACAGGUCAGAGGCUUUUCAGCUGAGCAGCUAGCUAGAUGGGUGGCAGACAGAACCGAUGUGCAGAUACGUGUCAUUCGUCCUCCAAACUACGCUGGGCCUCUCCUGCUGGGCUUCCUCCUGGCUGUGAUAGGAGGACUGGCAUAUCUACGAAGACACAAUUUGGAGUUUCUCUUUAACAAGAAUGUCUGGGCCUUCUCUGCGCUGUGCUUUGUCCUGAUCAUGACUUCAGGCCAGAUGUGGAACCACAUCAGAGGACCACCUUAUGCACACAAGAACCCCAGCACUGGACAAGUUAGUUACAUCCAUGGCAGCAGUCAGGCCCAGUUUGUGGCUGAGACACACAUCGUCCUACUCUUCAAUGCUGCUGUUACCAUGGGAAUCAUGCUGCUGUGUGAGGCUGCCACUUCUGACAUAGACAUUGGAAAGAGGAAGAUUAUGUGUGUAGCAGGUAUUGGUCUAGUGAUGCUCUUCUUCAGCUGGCUGUUGUCCAUUUUCAGAGCAAAGUACCAUGGAUACCCGUACAGCUUCCUGAUGAGUUAGAGCUGACCACUUGAGAACAGGGAGUUCUGUCAACAAGUAGGGUGCUAUCCAGGGCAACGAUGCCACAUUACUGUUUCCUAAGCCAUGAUUUGUAUUCUGAUCAGUUGAGUUAAUAUAGUUGAAAGAGGAUAUGAAAUUUCCAGAGUAUCAACACCUUCUCCAGCUCCUUUGAUAUCUCCGCUCCAAUAAAAUCAUCACAGAACCUGCAGCUUCACCCACUAUGCUACUCUAUAACCUAUGGGCCUUCACCUGCUGGAGGUGUAUAUUCUUAACAUCAAACCAGAAUGCACCCUCACACACUCAGGUUUUGCUAUGAACCUAUUUGGAAUUGAAUAGUAUUUAGUACUAAUAGAUGGAGGGAUGGAAGUUUUAGAGUUUAUUUUUUCAAUAGUGGGGACAGUAUUACACCCCCCCCCCCAACUUGCUAAAUGAGAAAUUUGUCGUAAAAAAUGUUUAAUGAACUGAUAGAAAUUGGUAUUAGCUGGUUAUUGUCAAUCAAAUCAUCUGUACUAUAAAAAAAAAUGUAUUUGUAUUUAUCAGGUCACACGCUUGUUUGGUACACUAUACCUUUGUUCUUUCCAUCCUUAGUAGAUCUGCAGUGAGCGGGUAUUAUAAGUUAAAAUGGAAUAGGAGCAAAUGGCAAAAUAACAGUUCACACCACUUCUUAUUAAAGAUGAUUUUUAAUUGUUAAGAAAAAUGGCCUUAACCCCAGAGCGAGAUGAGAUUUCAUCCAUCAGAAUACUUAAUCAGAAGUAUAGGUUUUUUUUUCAGUUGUGUAAAAUCUGUUGUGUAAAACAUUUAAGUGCUUUCAAUGUUUGUGGUUGCCUUAUCAUGUUGUAUCAGGAGAAAAUAUUUGAUGAUCUGCGAUUUUUUUCUGACAUUAAAGUGCCUUAGCUACCGGUCA